UAAUACUUGCGUUAGUUGUAUAUAUAAUAGAAUGGAUAUUACAGUAGCUAAGCAUGCUAUUAGGACUAAUACUAGUACUAAUAAGUGGAAGGGGAAGGGGCUCAUCCUUCUAUUGAUUAAUGGUUUCAUUUUAAGCAUAGGAAAUUGCGGCGGGCCACUAAUGACCCGCCUCUAUUUCGUCCGGGGCGGAACGCGGAUAUGGUUCUCCAGUUCCCUCCUCACAGCCGCCUGGCCCCUCACCCUCCUCCCUCUCGCCGCCGCAUACUGCAUGCGACGCAAAUCCGAGGGCACGGGUGCAAAGCUCUUCUUCAUGACCCCGAAGAUUUUCGUGGCCACGUCCAUCGUCGGAGCCAUCAACGGACUCGAGAGCUUUCUCUACGCCUCCGGCGUGGCAAAGCUCCCGAUUUCGACCUCUGCCCUCCUCAUCGCCACGCAGCUCGCAUUCACCGCCUGCUUCGCUUACCUCCUCGUGAAGCAGAGGUUCACUCCCUUCUCGGUUAACGCCAUCGUGUUGCUGACCAUGGGCGCCGGAGUUCUUGCCUUCGGGGCGAGUAGCGACCGGCCGGCCGGCGAGUCCGGAAAAGAGUAUCUUAUUGGGUUCAUAAUGACGAUUCUUGCGGCAAGUUUGUACGGGUUCAUUCUGCCAGCAAUCGAGUUGGUGUACAAGCAGGCGAAGCAGGCGAUCACGUACACAUUGGUUUUGGAGAUCCAGAUUGUCAUGUGUUUCUCCUCUACAGUUUUAUGUGCCAUUGGCAUGAUCAUAAACAAGGAUUUCCAGGCACUUUCAAGGGAGGCGAGAGAAUACGGAAUGGGAGAAGGGAAAUACUACGCCGUCGUGAUAUGGACCGCCAUAAUGUGGCAGCUCUUUUUCGUCGGAGCCGUCGGCGUUAUAUGUUACGGCUCGUCUCUGCUGUCAGGCGUCGUGAUAGCCAUGUUGCUCUCCGUCACGGAGGUUCUCGGCGUCGUCUUCUACGGAGAAAAGUUCCAGACUCAGAAGGGUGUCUCUCUUGCCCUCUCCCUCUGGGGCUUCGUCUCCUAUUUCUAUGGUGAGGUCAAAAGUAGCACCACCGCAAUCAAGAACGUCAACGAUGAUAGUCAAACCGCCGCAGAAGCUAAUGACCAAAUUACCCUCACCGGCCGUCCCCUUCCGAUAUAAUUAACUGCUGUCUGCUGCUAUAUCACGGAGAACGGCCACACUUCUAUCUACAACACAUUUCAUGUAAUAAAAUGUAUAUUAUGUACUAUUAAUGUAAUAAUAAUUGUUGUUGUUUUAAUUUUCAUGGCUUUAGUUUGUGCUGAUUGCCGAUCGGUGGGUGUUAAGAUACGAGGUUUUAUUCUAAAAUAAAGGUCAACUUGAUAGGAGGCUGGAUUGAGUAGCUCGGAUCUUAAUAUAGUGUGUAAAUAUUUC